UUCUUAGCGAUUCAAAACAUUGAGUUUUAGUGUGAAAAGCAUAACCCGGAAGUAUAUGUCAACCAGCGUCUGAAGCCAGCUGGUGUAACACGCUGCCAAAUGAAAGUUGUCUAUGUCAGUAAGUCUCCACGCCAGCGUCGUCACUCGCUUCCACUUCCACUCCCUCUUUUCGGGACACUUUGAACAACAAAAAAAGGUCCCUUCCGUCUCCUCAGCCACCAUAAUGUCGGGACACGGACACGGCCAUGGCCAUCACGACCACGGCUGCAGCUGCGAGGGCUCCCAUGAGCCCGCCGAGAGAGGCGUCGAGUACGGCCUGUAUCAGCGGAUCGACCUGGACAAGAUGCAGUGUCUGAACGAGAGCAGGGACGGCGACGGCAGGCUGGUGUUCAAGCCGUGGGACCAGCGGAAAGACCGAGACAAGUACGUGGAAAGUGACGCCGAUGAAGAGCUGCUGUUCAAUAUUCCUUUCACAGGUAGCGUCAAGCUGAAAGGAGUCAUCAUCUCUGGGGAGGACGACGGCUCACACCCGGCAGAGAUACGACUGUACAAGAACAUCCCUCACAUGUCUUUUGACGACACUGGCAGAGAACCAGAACAAGCCUUCAGACUCAACCGAGACCCGGACGCUCAGCUGGAGUACCCAACAAAAAUUGCUCGUUUUUCCAACGUCCAGCACCUGUCCAUCCAUAUCUCCAAGAACUUCGGAGACGAGAACACCCGUAUCUACUACAUCGGCCUGAGAGGGGAAUACUCGGAGGCUCACAGGCACGAAGUGACUAUCUGCAACUACGAGGCGGCAGCCAACCCUGCAGAUCACAAAGUGGAGAGCAUCAUCCCACAGACCAACUUCAUCUCUUGAAGUGUCACAGGGAAGAAAGGAGGAGGAGGCGGCGGCCAUCGACGGGCACAAAGAUGCUUUUGUCGCCGCCUGCGUCGGCGGGCUGCCGACACGUGACGACCGCCACGCUACAGGCGACGCCCUGAUCCUGACCGAGUGUCGCUUUUCUUUCCUUGGCAGUGAAGGCUUGAUGAACCGGGAUAUAAGACUUUGUAGUCACGGCUGAAAUAAAACACGGAGCGCUAACGCAUUUCUUUGCUGACCCAGGGUCAGAUCUCUGCAAGUUCUUCCUGCGUUUUCUUCAGGUACACUUCCUCCCACAUCCCCGAAACAUGCAGGUCUUCAAAAGGAGGUCCGCGACCCCCAGGGGGUCUGCAGUGGUACUGCAGGGGGGGAUCGUGACAAUUUUUGUUAAGUUAGACUUUUUUGUUUUGUUUUUUUAAAUGUUUAUAUUCCCAAUUUUUCCAACACACUAGUGUGUUUAUACGUGGCAGUGGCAUGGACCCCCUCCUCACUGUACCUUGCAGCUUUCAAAUAAAAACCAUGAGUAGAUAAA